GGCUCAGUAUCAUACCCUCGCGCUAGACCGCGUCUUCCGUUCAAUGGUAGAGCGAUGAAGCGUAGUUAAAGAGCUCUAGUGGAAAAUUUGUAGACGGAGCUACAAUGAGAAUGAUUCGUUGUUCAGUGUCGGAGCGGAAGGAAGACGUCUCAUGAAAAGUUGGUAUUGCUGAGCUUGAGAGGUGGUUCAGUACCUCAACAAGAUCGCCCGUUGUACUAAGUAGAUCAACUACAGAGUUGUAAUUCUCGCGAAUUGCUUUUACAGUUUGGGACCUACUAGAGGGUCGCUCCCGCCCCGAAUUCGGUACAACUUACAUCAACCAGACCCCGACCUUGUGAAGACCCGGUCUUUAAUUGUUUCAGAAUCAUGUUGCAAGCCAGCAAGGCGAAUGUGGUCACGAAAUUCCACCUGGAGGCACUGCACAUCCGGCAGGCGGAGCUCCAGUACUUCCUGCUGGUGUUUUACCACGCAGUAAAUGUGGACGGUGUCACUCUGUGCAUUGAUUUACAUUUCCGUAGCCUCGUAAACUUCUGCAAAUUAUGAGGCAAGUGAUCGGAGGAUGCGGUUGAGUUGAAUGUGCUUCAAUUCGUCCAAUCGCGAAAUUGCGAUUUGCUUAUGCAUAUACACAUAGAUAUGGAAGGACUCAUCUGCUAACUACUGGAAAAAAACCACAAGGAAGCCGAAGUGCUUUGAUGUCGAGCAGAAAACGUGACCUAGAGACUUGCCUGGCUCGUUUCAAAGCCGCCGCCACAGGUUCACGUUUACUGGCGAUAGCUCCUCUCGCAUGCAAGACAUCGCGUCGUUCCUGGGCUUUUCCGCAUCCGCCGCCCUCUCUGUCGAUUUCGAUACACACUACGAGAAGGCCGUAGAACCUACGCCGUGGGAGGACAGCUUCCCAGUUCUUCCCGGCCCCCUUUAAUCGUGCACGUGUCAUUCGUGAGGAUGUAGAUUUUCAACCGAGCAACAGAUACUGCACACGUACUAGAGGUGCAUAUUAGAAAAAGAGUGCAGCAGCUCUGUGGAAUAUGCCAGGAGUUUGUUUUUGCGUUGCUUUGCGCCUACAGUAGAACAGGCACUCAUGAAAAUUCUCAGACCUACGCAUGAGAACUUGUAGGCGGGAAGCAGGGUGGGAGUUUUUACACAUGAUAAAAGUGGCCAAGGAAUCUGGCCACGCUAUCCAUCACAGCGAAACGACACAGGACUACCUGAAAGCGUUUUUCUAUCGCGUGUAAAUUCCAAAAAUAUCAUUGCCUCUCCCGUUUGCAGAGCUUACUUACUAUGCGGUCAGAAAGAAAUGCCUACACCUACUUACUGUACAAAAUUCAUGGUCAGCUAGUAAUCAACAUGGAUAAUUUUUUAUAUGGAGUGCUGCUUAAGUCGGAGGCAGAGCGAGGAGGCGGUCCUUCACCCGUUCCGCUUACUCGAAUGAAAUCCAAUUUCCUUCUAGAAUCCAACAUAGUUAAUACUUACAAUCUUCACUUUUGCACUAGUAUUGCAUUCUCGCAAAAUCGCUUGGGUAUACUGGCGGAAAGUGCGGGAAUCUGAGCGGUUAUGAAUGCUUGAUUUUUACACCCGAUAUUGUUCUGUUCGUCGCGACCACAUGUUUUGGGUCGUUUUUCACGGUGCUGAUGAUCUCCACCCUGUGCUCGAUGUGGGGUCCUGGGAAGGCCCUGCGGGGGGACAACGCGGCAGCUAUGGACUACGCCGUGAUGGUACUCUCCAACGCGCACGAAAUUGCCAUCAAGUUCACCUUUCUCGGCAUCAUUUCUAUCCUUGUGUCGUGUGAACAAUAAAACCUCUCCGCGAGGACAGCAUCGUUUUUUUAGUGCGAGUAGAGAUCGUGAAAGUUGUGCAGGUCCUCCUUUCACAGCACCUGGGUUUACAAUUAUCACGUUGCCACUUGAGGAAGCCGCGCCGUCAGGGGGGACAGCAAAAGCAGGUCCAUUUGCAUUUACUUUUUGCAUCGAAAGUUUGCUUCAAAAGCGAUACUUGAUUUCUCCAUAGGGUAGGGAUUUUCAGAGUAUAUUGUUGAUGGUGGUUGGGUUAUUGUUUCACGCACCGGGAUAGUGGCUUUCAUGUUCGCAGCUAUUCUCCUGGUGUGGCUUUUGUUUCCCUGGAAAGGCUCCGUCCCGGCGUAUCCAGGAAAAAAUCUGCGCGAGGACGGCAGCUCGUUUUUUUUGAUUGUGACAGAAAUUUGUACUACUGCCGCUCGCCUUGCUCCGAUAGGUUGGCAUACUUUUCGUACCAUUUGUAGUCAAAACGUGAGAGAGAAUUUGCAACGAUGUGUCCUGUUUAGAGUUGUAUCUUCUCGUCGCUGUUAAUGCGAUGUCGGCAUUACGAAGGAGAUGUCGGCAACAUUGCACAGAUUUUUUUCUUGGGAUGCUGCAACCGUAGUCCUGAUGUUUUUCGCGGGCAAGCUGUCCGAGAAGUCGUUUCACAUCUACGAGCACCUUUUCGGACGUCCCUACGCGAGCAGUCCCGCAUCGGGGGAGCGGGAACUGGCCGCGGGAGCUGGGUAUCAUCCUGUAUGGAUUGCAAAAAUGUCUGGGUCUGGAAGAUUGCAACUUGUCGUGCUGUUUUUGGACUCUAAAAAAAUUUGCAUUGCAUGACCAGCAAGAGGGGUGCAGUUUUUGCUACACGGACAGGGCAUUUCUCAUGCGGAAGGUGCAUCAGGAAGCCCUUUAAAAGUCUGCGAUGCUAGGGCAGGCAUUACAGGCAUCAUGGGUCAUGAGAAAUAUGCAUGACAAAUCUUGCACUCUUCCAGACCCAGACACUUUUGCAUUUGAUAUCCUGCCUCGUACAACGAAACUGGCCGGUCGCCAAAUUAUGCCGGCAGAAGUGAAAGAUGUUCGAUCCGGAGAGAAGAUCAAGAACAGGAGUUGCAGCAUAAGUAUUUUUUAUGAGCCGUGCUGCACUAAUAGGAAAUGUGGUGAACAACUGACACUGUGCCGAUGUAUUUGAUGUUCAAAUUCGCAUUGUUCCCUCUCUCGACUCCGCACGUGAUUAUUGAUUUUUCUGCCAGCAUAGUGGCAAGCAGUUCGUCUCCUCGGCAUUGCGCGGAAAUUUGGUCAAAGAUGUCGGCGAGCUGAUGGGCGACAAAAGUCUCGAAGGCGUAACAAGGGCCGGCAUUUCUACUAAGUUUGCGAACUCAGUUUGAUAUUGCUUACUCGAGAGCUGGGCAGUGGAGAAGAAAUCUUUCCUUAUGAGACCCACCUGCGUUGCUCAUCCAGAGGACACGUCGUGGUUAAUUGAAGG